AUGGCCGAUAUGACCAAGUUCCAGGCCAGUUCGACCGAGCCAGCCAACUUUGCCGCCGCGUGCCAAUGGGUGGACAACCUGCCGCUUUGCGACAUCCGCCACCACGUCACAUAUACCAUCAACGGAUGCAACGACACCAUUCGCCACGUGUCUUUUCAGUGGACGCGGCCAGACCCGACAAACGUCUCGCUGCCGUUUGUGUGCGACGGAGGGCUGAUUGAGCUCCCGCUAGAGUUCCACACCAGUCGGUCCUGUGAUUGGCUCAACGGGCACGAAAUCGACUACCGCCAGCCAGCGUGUGACGGCUCGUUCUACAGCUACACCAUUUCUGCGUGCUCUUCGGCGUCCACAAGGCAAGUGACGUUUGCGUGGCUGCUGCCUGAUGCUUCCAAUCUCGGCAUUUCCAGCGAGUGUUCAGGGGGAGCCCCCCUCCCGAGCAAUGCCGUCAUCGACUGCGACUUUGUCCCGUUCAGUUCCUCGGCGUAUGUGGGUAUUGCAGUGUUUACCGCGGUCGUGUUGGCGGUGUUGGCGAUCUUGACCGCUCUGGUCUUGUGGUUUCGAGAACGCCCCAUCAUCAAGCGAUCCCAGUGGCCACUUCUGGUGCUCAUGCUGGUAGGGGGCUUCUUUCUCUGUGCUACGGCGCUCUUAGGGGGAGGGGCCCCCACCCCCUGGCUGUGUACUGGCCGCCCCAUCACCGCCUCCCUCGGGUACACGAUGGUAUUUGGCUCCCUUCUCGCAAAGUCCCUCCGCGUGUACCUUGUCUUCCACCAAAAAGCCAUGAAACGCGUGGUGAUCACCGUGUGGCGGGCGCUGCAAUGGUUUCUCGUUGUAUUGGGCAUUGACAGUUGCAUUUUGGCGGCGUGGAUGGUGGUGGACUUUCCGCACCCGGUCACAGUCACCGGUCCGUCGACAGACUUUCACGGGGACGUCGACACCCAGCAGUGCUCGUCGAGCCAGUUCAUUUUUCCGGCCUUGUCCAUGUUUUGGAAGGGACUUGUGACGUGUGGAGGGGUAUAUGUGGCCUUCCAGAUCCGCCAGGCAGACAGCGACUUCCAAGAAUCCGCGUGGAUGUUUGCCUCGUCCUGCAUCGUCGUCGUCGGGGGCUGCGUCCUCCUAAUCGUCUCGUACGCCGCUACCAUGCCGGCUACGUCCGUGUUUUUGUUUCAAGCGGUGCUGAUUCUGUUGUGCACGGUAGCCGUGAUGACGCUGAUGCUGGUCCCCAAGUUGCUCAAGUUGUACGCGGUCACGCCCAUCGAAGUGUUUGCGUCGCGAAAGUCCACGGCGUCGUUGGUGCACUUGAUGUCGUCUAAAAAGCAGCUCAAACUCAAUUCCCAACGCCAGUCCAGUGGGUCGCUCCAGGCGCCGACGUCUGCGGUUAGGGUCCAGUCGUCCGGAGCGUCCCAGGACUUAAGGCGAGACGCCACGUCCGUCGCAUCGGUUGCAUCGUCGUUGUGA